AUGUCGAAGCAGGCGGAAAUAAAGGAAACACACUCGCAGUGCUACGACUGCUAUGCCAGUUUAGAAGAGCUCCGCCACUGCAUUUUGGACGGCCAUCCCGUUUUGGUGAUUUUGCGAGGAAUACAAGGCAGCGGAAAAAGCACAUUGGCCAAGUAUUUUUUUUUAGCAAAAAAGAUUGUUCGAAAACGAAAAGUUCACGAACUAUUAAAAAAAAGUGAACGAUUGAAAUACUCUCUUCAAUUUUGCAUAAUUUUGGAUUUUUCAAAAUUUAUUAAUCAUCUUUUUCAAAUCUAAUCUCUUGCAGAUUUUUGGCUGGCUUGAAGGAAGGAAGCGUCAUCUGCAGCACCGAUGAUUUAUUCAUGAAAAAUGGCGUCUACGAAUUCCAGGUCGAAAGGCUGGACGAGUUCCAUAAAGUUAACGUUUCGAAAGGUGAGAAGUAUUAAUUUUUUGUUGAAAUGUUGAAAUCCAGUGCGCCAGUCUCUCGAUAACAAUGUCACGCCUAUUAUCGUGGACAACACGAAUAUCCAAUUUAUCCACGUGAAGCCUUUGGUGACAAUGGUGAGCUGUCGUGAAUGAACUAUACUGAUACUCUUCCAGGCGGUUCGAAGAUAUUACGAAAUCUACAUUUUAGAACCAGAGACAGGUUGGAAAUAUAGCGCGAAGGAAUGUUUUAGGUUGGUAAUUUAUGAUCAGCCUUCAAUUUCUCUUUCUUUUUUUUUCAGAAGAAACGUUCAUGGCGUUACAAAAGAGUCCUUGGAAAGAGCUCUUGAGCUCUUAGAACUAGAAGGAAGACCUCCUUUUGAGAAACUGGUUCCUACCAAAAACUUGAAGUUUUAAAGAUUUGUUAUCACGGCGCAUACCAAAUGUUCAGAAUCGGUCCAUUAACCCAGAUUGAAACUGAAUAUUCAACGCAGGUAUUUAAUAUUUUGCCCGGUUUGCAAGUGUUCUGUUUUUUUUUAAAUGUUUUUUUUAAAAUUUUAUAGUCAAAGCUGGUCCUUCGGCCAGCCUAUUUUCUUUGACUCCGGAAGAUCCGCGCAAGAAAAAAAAGUCAGUGCGGUCAGUUGGAACCUUCGUAGACGUUGCAGCAAGUUCUCCCAAAUUUACUCACAAAUUAAAAGCAAAUGACUUGAGUUGCUCGGAAACUGGCAAGUUUGCAAGAUCCGCGACACCUCGAAGAGUUUUGUGAAGUUGAACAAGUUCCUGUGAAGCUGGAGAAGGUGGAGCUGAAGACGAGAGCCUCGCAAACUGAUUUCAAAAAAGAAAGUACGUUUUUUUAAAGUAGUUAGUUAAAUAUAGUUAAAUAUUAUUUAACUAUAUAUAUAUAAAAAAAUAUUUAACUAUAUUUAACUAACUACUUGAAUAGUUAAAUAUUUUUUUAGAUUCCAAAAAUCCCAAAAAAAUAGAGUUCCAGUUAAUGGUUUAAAAAAAUUGGAUAUAAAAUUGAAUUUUCAGUCGUCGCAGAGAUGAAUCUGAUCGUGAAGAAGAAUUCGAUCCUCUCGAUAUUUUUUUCUAUCCGUUUUUCCCUGGAGAACACCCCAUGAUUUUAUACGAUUUGUACUGUAAACAUCAGUAUAAAGUCGCCUUCCAAAUAGUUCUCGAAAUGGGAGCAUGUUUGGACGAAGACGUCAGCUGGGAGGACAUUUCUACAAAAAAUAAAAACGUUAGUUUUCCAUUAUAACUCUAGAAAAAAUUGAGUGAAGGAGAAAAAAUUGCAUUGGGUCAAGGAGCUGGACCAGUUUCUCAGCCAGACAUAUCACCAAGAUGUCUUCGACGAGGAUUUCGGUAAAGUCCGUUCAGAACAGCUUCCUAGCAACGAAAAUCGUUAUCAUUCUAGGUGAAAACUGAAAAAGCAGAGAUCUUAAUUUUUUCUCUGAUUUUUCUAGUGCCUCAGAAAGCUGCUGUGAAUAAAGUAAUCUCUUUGGGAUCGCCAAUUUUGAUUAUUUUUCAGAUGAUUCGUUCUUGGAUGAUUUGAGUUUCUAUGAGUUCGAUCCAACCUGUAAGAUAAAAAAUGAAUUAUUGUUUUGAAAAAUCGAGUUUCCGGCGUGAAAGCCUUUCCGAGCUUGACGAAUGAGAGCCCGCAGCCGUCUUCGCCUCGAGGAGAAACGAUUGGAGACAAAAUGAAGCUGGCGAGAAUUUGUGAGAUGUUUCCUGGAAUGAAUACGCGGGAUGUCCAAGAGUACUUCAGAUGGUGCGAGUAAGUUUUUUUGAUUUAUCAAUUGAGAAAUCAAUCUUGGCGGAAAGUACAACCGAAAUAUACUUACAGGGAAGGUCAUUUCACUUUGUGGUUGGGAAAAUCUUAAAUUUGGCCAGAAUACUUUUUGAUGUACAAGAAGAAGAAUCUGAAAGUCUCAACCUGCACAACUUCCUAAUUUUCGAGAAAUAAAGGCUAAAAGAUCCAAAAUAGCCUAUUUUUAUGAUUUUGAGGAUUUUCUUUGAAUUUGAGGCGUCUUUUCUCAAAAACAAGGAAGUUUUGCUGGUUGGGAUUUUCAGAAUAUUCUUUUGGUACAUCGAGGAUCGUUCUCGCAAAUUUUCAGGAAAAUCCCAACCGCAAAGUAAAAUUACCCCCUUGUUACAGAAAUUAACUCCUCCAAAAUCUAGCUGAGUUUCAUCAGCCAGUUAAUUAAUCAUAUUGUUUACAGCAAUAAUGAAGACAUGACGAUUGAUGUUCUCAGAGACUAUAUCAGUAUGAACCCGAAAGCCCAAAAUAAAGUUAUAUAUGUGAUUGACGCUAGAUACAGAUGAAACAUUUUUUGGAAAAUGUUUAGGGAAAUCAAAUGGCGUCGACGAGCGCUCUUCAUUCUACAUCACUACAAGAUGCUCACUCGGAAGUGAUCCCCAUCCUGAAAAAGAUGAAAGUAUUCGAAAUUCUCCUCAAUUGGAGGAAGAUUGUGUUAAGGAGAUGUAUCAAACAUACAAGACGUUGAAAAAUGCCGCGAGUUCCUAUGGAAGCAGUGCCAACAAAGUACAACUUACCGUUCAUCACAUCAAAGAAGUUUUAUUACAUUAUGUUAAACAAAAAAAUUUUUAAAAAUUCAAAGAUGGCCGUCUUGAGAGGGAAAAUGAACGAUAGCAGGCAGCGUUGCGACGAGCUUAUCCGAGAUGCGCAUAAGAAUAUGGUUCACCUCGACUUGCACUACAUGACGGUGGAGGGGGCCAAGGCGUUGUUCCUAAGCAAAUUGAGGAACUUCAAAGGUGAUAAUCAUUUGAAAAGAAAUAAUCUUGCGUGAGUUUUUGAAAAAGUAGUCCAAAGUUAGUGAAUCAUGGUCGAAAUCGAGAAGUUUAUACAAAAGGGGAGUCCGGAAUAAAUAUUUUACAAACUUCACGCCCGCCGUGUUCAAAAAAUUUUGGCAAGGAAUCAACUCCUUUGUUUUUAAUCGGAAAUAAAUUUUAAAAGGAAAACAUUUCACGCAAAAAAAAAGUGAAACUAUGGCUGGAGAGGCGUGAACUACGGAUUUUUUUCGAAAAGGAAUUCAAAUAGUUCUUAUUAGAAACAAUUUUGAUAGUCGAAUUCUUUUUUUCAAUAUGUGCGGAAAAAUCUUUAAAAAAAGUGAAUUGUAUAAAAGAAGUUUUCAGAAGGGAAACUGCACGUCAUCACCGGCUAUGGAAAAAUCACAGGAAAUUCAAAUAUCAAAAAUACCGUGAUUGGCCAUCUGCGUAAAAACAACAUUGAGUGAGUCAAAUGGCUGUCGAACUAAAAAUUACGAAAUUCUUUCCAGAUUCCAUCAAGAGAACGAAGGAAAAAUAGUAAUAACGAUUAGAAGAAGAUAG